AUGCCAUAUCCGGUGCCUGUUGAAUUGUUGCUUCCAUUUGGCAACUUCGCUGAAAAGUAUAACAUCCAAUCUUUCAUACCACUAGUUGGAAUUUUGCUCAGGGUUUGGGUGAUAAACUCGUGCAGCCGACUUCGAAUGUUUGCAAGAAUUUCGGCUCCGAUAUUAUUAGAUAUUCAAAUCGGCUUUCUGACAUCAGAACAACGUGACAACAGCCUCCUUUACGAACACGCUGCUGCAGAACUUGAGGGGAGCCUUCAACUAAACAGCGAGAUCCUUGCUGUAGAUCGAGACUCCUCCGAGGAAGCCAAGGUUUUGGUCCAAAUGCCAUCUGGCAAUACAAUGAUCAAGACAAGCAAACUAGUCUUCACCAAUCCUCCAAAAUUAGAAAACCUCCCAGGAUGGAUUUUGAGUCCACUGGAACGCAAAAUUUUUUCGACAGUUUUCGAAUUCUGGAUAUUACACCGCUAUCACACGCAACUCGGGACUUCCCGAAAACGUCAGUGUUGUGAUUGUCUCACCAGAAUCGGAAUACCAACUUGGUAGCCUUCCAGGCAUCUAUAAAGUGCCCGCUGCUAGUAUACCGGGCUCAUAUAAUGUAAAAUAUGGAAGCGUGGGGGGGUUGUUAUGAGAUACGCAAGUGCGAGAGCAGAUCCUUUCUGAUAUCCAAAGGAUUUAGAUUGAAGGGAAGCAAUAUACUAAAGUAGAAAUUGCUGUCUACUCAAGCCAUACUCCCUUCGAGUUAACAGUACCACCAUACGCUAUUGCGAACGGAUUCCACAAAGAGCUGUGCGGGCUGCAAGGGCAAAGACACACGUACUAUACUGGAGCAGCUUUCCACAUCCAUGAUUCGUCAUUUCUCUGGCAGUUUUCUGAGAAGCUUCUGCCUAACAAACCCGCAUCCUGA